CAUAUAUUCAAGAUGGCGGUUGUAAUCUACUUUUAUCAAACAGGGUAGAUGUAGCUGAUAAGCCAUAGAUUUGAGGCCUUCACUCAACCAUUCCAGCUUUCGCCAUAAAAGGAAUGGAAUUAUAUCAGACUCAUCUUGAGGUAAACAUUUAUGGAAAAUUAACAAACAAACUUCUUGGAAGGUAUCUCGAAACCUUCAAGAGCGAGCCAUGUUGAUAUGGUCUCCAAUUGACUAUGUUUAAUUUACAGGGCUCAGAAAAGCUGGCUGUGUAUUUCUUAUUAUAAUUAAUUACUUCGUUAUUAUUAAGUCAUUUGUUUAAUAAUUUGUGAUCUCUUUUUUUCAGAGUAAUUGUAUUGAGAGAGGCUGACGAUUUUAGGAGGCAAGAAAAAUGAGGAUGUUGGGUUUCUAUAGAAUGAGAACUUUCACCUCAAUUUUUCGACCCAUGUAUGUGUUUUCACUUCUGACACGCAAGUUUUCCACAAAUUCAUUCCAAGAUUCCACUAUCAUGUUCAGUGCUUCAUGUGGAUCAAAAGGAGUUGGGAAAGUGACAGGGAACACAAAACGUGUUUUAGUCUUCCGUCCAUCCAUGGAAUAUUCAACAGAUUUAAAAUCCCUCCGUCCAACCAAAGUGAAAAUGAUCAUUGAGAGAAAAAUUGACACACUGGAAACAGUUGACAAGCAACUUGAUUUUUUCAUAGAGGUUAAAUAUAUGACUGAUAUUGUGAAUCGCAUUGCUGUACUCUACAACAUUGCCACGAUCACAGAAAAAGAUGAAGAACAGAAGAAAGUUCUGAAACAAGAAAAAAGUAAUGCAUACACUGAAUUACUGGAUAGCAUCUUGGAGAAACUAUACAGAUGCCUUCCUCAGAAUCUUGCCAUUUUGAUGUGGAGUCUGGGAAUUAAUGGAGAAAAGCAUAAAAAGCUGCUCCAACUCUGUGAGAAAAAGAUUCUGGCUUGUGGCAUGUCAGUUUUUACCCAUGAAAACAUCUUUCAGAUUUUAAAUGGAUGUGCAAACCUCAAAAUGACAAAAAGUCCAAUAUUUCCAAAGUUUGAACAAGCCAUUUUAAAUGGUGAUGUUAAAAUUUGUGAUCUUGAGAAUCCUCAUUUAUCUGGGAUAUUAUAUUCAUUUGCUGAAACCAGUAAUGGUUCUGUACAGUUAUUUGAGGCUUUUUUGGAAGAAUUUCUGUCAAGAGAUAUAAAUUCAAUGAACAGUCAACCUAUAGCAGAGUUUGUCUGGUCAUUUGCAAGGAAGGAACAGGAUGCUGAUAAACUGUUUGACAAAGUUGAGGCAGAAAUAAUAAGCCGAGACAUGACUGAAUUAAACAAAAAUGAUUUUUUAAAAUUCUAUGGGCAUUUGGGAAAGCUGAGAAAGGAAGCAAGAAAUUUUUCCAAUCGUUGGAUGGUAAACUUGUCUCCCAAGGUGCAGGAUGUUUACGCAAUGCUGAACUCUUGGAUAUUGUGUGGACUUUCAGUAUGA